AUGUCUCUGCAGCAUAUGGAGUUCCGGAAGCAACAAGACCUGGCCAGCAUCCUUGCCUGGCAGCCCUCAGAGGUGGUCAGGCUGUACAACGCCAACGGCAUAUGCGGCCAGGACGGUGAGGGCAGCCCUGUCUGGUACCACAUCAUGGGAAGCCUGGACCCCAAGGACCUCUUGCUCUCGGCCUCCAAACAGGAGUUGCUCAGCGACAGCUUCCAGAGCUGUGAGUUGCUUCUGCGGGAGUGUGAGCUGCAGAGUCAGAAGCUGGGGAAGAAGGCGGAGAAAAUCACAGCUGUCUUUGAUCUUGAGGGGCUGGGCCUGAGGCAUCUGUGGAAGCCAGGAAUAGAGCUGCUCCAGGAGUUUUUCUCAGCACUUGAGGCAAAUUACCCUGAGAUCUUGAAGAAUUUAAUUGUUGUCAAUGCCCCCAAGCUAUUCACUGUAACCUUCAACCUGGUCAAGUCUUACAUGAGUUAAGAGACACGCAGGAAGGUGGUGAUUCUGGGAGACAACUGGAAGCAGGAGCUGACAAAAUUCAUCAGCCCCGACCAGCUGCCCGUGGAGUUUGGGAGGACCAUGACUGACCCCGAUGGCAACCCCAAGUGCCUGACCAAGAUCAACUAUGGGGGUGAGGUGCCCAAGAGCUACUACUUGUACAAUCAGGUGAGGCUGCAGUAUGAGCACACAGUGUCCGUGGGCUGCGGCUCCUCCCUGCGGGUGGAGAACGAGAUCCUGUUCCCAGGCUGUGUGCUCAGGUGGCAAUUCGCAUCGGAUGGCGGGGACAUCGGCUUUGGGGUUUUCCUGAAGACCAAGAUGGGGGAGCGGCAGAGGGCUAGGGAGAUGACGGAGGUGCUGCCCAGCCAGUGCUACAACGCCCACCUUGUGCCCGAGGACGGGAGCAUCACCUGCCUUGGGGUCAGCAGCUAUGUCCUGAGGUUUGACAACACCUACAGCCUGGUUCCUUCUAAACGCAUCAGCUACACCGUGGAGGUACUGCUCCCAGACCAAACCUUCAUGGAGAAGAUGGAGAAAUUCUAG